AUGACGUGCCCCAAAUCAGCCCUGAUCUUCUGCCUGCUCGGCGUCGCCGUGGCGGCGCUCAACCUUGAGACGCCAAGCGACAUCUCGAUGCUGCCCUCGGGCGACUUCAUCGAUCUGAUGAGCCGCGACGCGGAAAAUGUUCCCGGGCCGAUCGCUUUUGGAAGCAAAUAUAUGACCGGUGGAGCCGGCGAAGGAGAGCAAUCAUUGAAGGAGGGAGACGAAUACAAGGAGCGCCAGGACGUGAAAUCCGACAAUGUCCUGCCAGCCUACUGCGAGCCCCCGAACCCGUGCCCCGUGGGCUACAGUGCCGAGGAUGGCUGCCUGGAGGAUUUUGACAACUCAGCCGAAUUCUCGCGUGAAUACCAGGCCCAGCAGCAAUGCCUUUGCGACCAGGAGCACAUGUUCAACUGUGCCACAAAGUCAGCUGAUGAGGCCGGUGCCUCGCUCCAGGAGCUGCUUGACGAUUCAGGCUUGCACAAGACAAUGAUGGCCAAAAAAUACCAUGAAAGCAUUAAUGAGGAACCUCGUCGUCGCAAGCGAUCUGUCGAGGACCAUAAGGUUAACCCCUACCUCCAGGGCGAGCCGCUGAGAAGUGUACAGAAGAAGGACGGGCGUCAUUUC